UCGGAUGAGUCCGCUGGUCGAUCCGAUCGAAUGAUUCUAUGUCCACUUUGUCGUCGUCAAGUGCAACAUCUACUUCCUCUUAUUCCAAAGUCAAUGCAGGUCAGCUCAUUACUUGCCGAUCUUGCUACCUCAACACCGGAGCAAUGCAUGAAGCUCCUGGAAGAUACACUGGUAAACUCUUGA